AUGUCCGAAAUACAACCUUCGCAACCUGCGACACAUUCGGAUCCUGCAAAACCUGAAGAAGCAAAAGUGCCUGUUAACUAUGGCACUUUUGGUGAGAUUUUGUACCAUCUCGUCUCUUUUACGGAAGGAUAUGAGCAACAGGUGUUGUAUAUGUGUGUUAGGACUUUCGAGACAAGUUUGGGGUUUUCUAAGACGCAAUUGUCGAUGUUGGUGACGGUGUCUAUUAUGUCGCGCAUGUGUUGCUCAUUAGUUUGGGGAUUGCUAGCAGACGCGUUCCCGACAAACCUCGUGAUGUCUGCCGGACUGUUAUUCAUGGGAAUCGCCUCAAUACUUCUAAGUUCCACGUCACACUACUACGCGAUCCUCUUCUUACGCUUCUUACACGGUGCUGCGUUCGGUUGCGUGUAUCCAGUGCAACAGAAGAUUGUUGCAGAAUCCGAUGAUGAUCAGAACAGCAGCACGUUUACCCGUCUUCAUGCUCUGAAUACCAUUGGCCGUAUGCUGUGCGCCGUCAUAACUACGGAGGCUGCUCAAAAUGUGUUGUUAGGAUUCGUUGGUUGGCGUACAUCAUACAUUGUGUUGGGAUACGUAUGGAUUUCGGUUGGUAUUGCAAUUGUAUUCGCGAUGAAAAAUGAGGAGGAUCUUAGCACUCCUUACGACUCCAUACAGAAAUUCACCGAGCAAAUAUGGGGGGCAUUGAAAGCUGUUUUUACGAGUGGAACUGCGUUUCUGUCUAUAUUUACGAUGUUGAUCGCAGAGGCUCCCAUGUGCACACUUCCGUAUAUGAUCACGUACCUGGAGUACUUGGGUGUGUCUGACCUCAAGGUGGGCGUUGCGAUUGUGGUCACGACGAUUGGUGGCGCGGCAGGAACUGCGGCUGGAGGAAUAGUUAUUGACAAGAUUACAAGUACUCAUAAGGACUAUGGCGAACUGAUUGCAGGCAUCGUCGUAAUGGGAGUCCGAUUAAUCGUGUGCCUCUUGUUCUUCAUGUCCCCGGCUCCAGAUGGACGUUUGCUGUGGUAUCACUACAUAGAGUUUGCCAUUCUCGGGGCGACGUUGGUCACGGUUGGCGGUGUAGAUAGACCAAUUAUGAAGAAAGCAAUCGAGGACAAGUACCAGGCUAGCGCAUCCGCCAUAAUCCAAUGCAUAUCCGGCAUUUCAAUUAGCGUGAGUUUCGUAGAGAUUUUCGGAUAUUUGUCUGAGAAACUGCAUGGCUACGUCCCCUCUAACAAGCCACUCGAAGCCAUGGAUGACGGCCUGAAAGAUAGAAAUACAGAGGCUCUGAGGAAGUCGACCAUGUACAUCAUCGUGAUAGGCUCACUGCUCAACAUUGCGUGCUAUAUCGCGUUGAUUUUUACAUAUCGAAAGGAAAGGCCGGACAUUAAGAGAAAAAAUAGGGAAUGGAGGAAGGCUAGGGCGGAAAAGCUGGCAGCAAGGAAGAAGGCAAGCCAGGAAGAGCCAAUUUACGAACUGCCACCGGAAGUGCCUGUGGAAAAGGAAAGAGAGGUGUCCCUUGAAGAUACUCUAGAUCUGAAUGUGAAGAAGAUUGUGGAGGCUAAUAAGAAAAUUGAAGGAGUUCAUGGGAAGCUUGGUGGUGUUGAAAAAAGUUUGGGAGAGUGGAAGCAGCAGGCUCAGGGUGUGCUUGGCCGUGCGAUUAGAAAUGCCAAUGAGGUGUAUGAGAGGUUAGAAAGUGAGAUUGGUGCGAAAACUACUGCAAUAGGCUCACACAAUUCUGAAAUUCAGAAGGCAAAUACACAACUUGCCACUCAUGUUACCAGUCUGCAGCAGUGGAACUCUGCCGCCCAGGGUGUCAUUACCAAGGCGGAGGGGAAGUGUGCUCAAAUUCUGGAGAAAGUUAAAACUACAGAUCAAAAGAGUGUAAUUUUUACGCAAGCUGAAAAGUUACGAGAUGAGGGUACAAGACUUUUGAAGGCAGCGGAGCAGGCCAAAAAGGCUGUUGAGGCAAAAGUCUCUGAGGCCUUGGAGGCUGUUGUGAACAUGGACGGAGAUCUCAAGAGGGAUUUGAAGGGUGUGAGAGAUGCGAUUAAGAAACAGAUUUGGAGUAAGAUUGAGGAGUUCCAAGUUACUAAGUUGGACAAUUUGGUGAAAGGGGAUUUGUGGACGUUGAAGGAGAGGAUUGAGGGACUUGGCAAAGGUCUGAAUACUGAUGACAAAAGCCAACCGCUUGUUAAGCAGGCCUUGGAAGAUCUUGCAGCGCAAAAGACACUUUUAGACGCUAUCACUAGUGAUACAAAUGGUUCAAUUCCCAAAGAGACCAGAAAUCUUGAAAAUAAGUUUAAUAAUGCAAUCAAGGAUCCUCUUACCCAGGCGGUCAGUGCAGUUGACCAGGCGAUUGGGACGCUUGGAAAGAAUUUUGAACCAGGCGGAAGUAACAAUAGUAUUGAAAAGAUUUUCGAGCAUAUUAAAGACAGGGUGGGGGCGAUUAAGGGGGAGGCGGGAGAUAGAAAUGGUCGCGGCAGAAAAGGUGUAGAUGGAAUCGUCGCCAGGUUUAAGGAAUACGUCAAGGGUGUUGGAAACAAUAUGGCGAAACAAACGGAAGAUGGGGGGACAGUGCACAGUUGGCUCGACAAGAUUCUGACGCACAAUGGCGUGGUACGGUAUAGGCUUGGAGAGUUUUUGAAGGAUAAUAAUGGUGGUAAGCUGCAGGUUAAGUACCAAAAUGAGAAUGGAAUGCAUGAUCCAACUAAGAAGCAGACUAAGGAAAAGCUUAAACAGGCCAAAAUUUAUGAUACAGCUAAAACACAGUCCCAGUUUAACGGCGCAACCAGUAACAGUAUUGCAAAAGACUUGACUUCACUGAUGAAAUUCCUGGACGCAUAUGCCAAAACGCUUGAUGAGGAGAUUAAGAAAGGUAAUAAUAAGUUUGUCACUGAAUUAGUCAGAGCGAUUGAAGGAGAUGUGAAGAAUGGAAAUCACCACUCCGAUUACAAGCAGGAAAAUCUCACAUCCACAGUCGAAGCAACGCUAGCUGCACUCACCGCCGACGCCAGACGGACUGCCGGGGAGAUCAAUUCGCUACUGCUCAACGUCGACAGGAGCGGACAACCCACUGAUGGCAGCGUUGCAAAAUUUUUGGACAAAACAAAGGAAAUAACCGAUGACCUUGACAGUAAGCUUACCCAGGCGACUAGCCCUCCCAAACCCGACCCCGCCGGCACCUCCACUGAAAGCCCCGCCCAAGCCGUGGACAGCAGGUUGAAGGAAGUGAGGGAUAUGGUUAAUACAAAGAUUGAAGGGACAUUUACGACCGAAGUCACAAAAGAUCUUGCCGCUGCAGUAAGCGAACUUCCCACCGCCGUUGACAAUUUCAACCAACAAGCUCAGGAACAGAUCAGGGCUGCGGCCACGACGGCGAUUGAGAAGGCGGCUAACGUAAUAAGUGAGCAGGAUGAUGGAAGUAAAAUUGACUUGAAGGAGAAGAUGCAAACAUUCCACAAAUCCCAUGAGGAUAUCGUUCAUCCCACAAAUGGUCUCCAAAAACAGCUUGAACAGCAAGUUGAUAAGCACAUUUGGAAUGAUAAUCCGCCGGGUGGUAAAAUUAACAUUAAAGAUACAUUUAGCAGUUACAAUUCGCACGCUGAUCAAAAUAGCCUUGAUCCUAAUAAACCAGAAAAUCUAGAAGGCAAACUUCCACAGGCGAUCGGGGACAUCAAGACUGUGGGCCUGAAAGAGCUUGAAAACACUAUCGGUAACGGUGCCCAGGAUAUAAUUGAAACAACAACCUUCACCGGUCCGUUCACCCAAAUUCAGACAGAGCUUGACGAGAUCAAGAAAUUGGUUGAUGGCAAUGGUUCAUUCAUCGAAGACGGAAAGGAUAAAGGCGUAAAAAAGCAUUUGGCUAAUCUGAAAACAAUGCUUACUAAGGGAUCAUUCAUUAAUGGAGGCAACGGCCUUGAAGAAAUCAAAUCGGCGAUUGACAGACUGCAAAUAACGACGUUUACUACCCAACCCGCUGCAAUUGGCCAAGCCGUCACCGCAAUUAAGGCGGAGCUUGAAGAGCUUAGGGAGAAGUUGAAGAAAGAUAAAGAUGAAGAUGUCAUUAAAAGACUGGAAUACAUGAAAAAUGAGGGCCUCGGCACAAACCAAAAUUCUUGGAACCCGGUUAACGGCAAACCUCUCAGUGGUCUUGGGAAAAUUGAGAGGGAGCUUAAAAAGCAGAAUGAAAUAUUGAGGAAACAACCUGGCAUAAUCGAUAAAGCCGUUUCCGAAAUUAAGUAUCAACUUGCCGUGGUCGGAGUCAAAUUGCGAAAUGUUGGGAACAAUGAUGACAUCCUUAAUCCGUUGCAGCGAUUUAAGCGAAGGAUUGGCAAAAAUGCCCCGGAGCCAGGAAAUCUUCAGAAGAUUUGUAAUGAAAUUCAAAAGCUGCAAGAAGGGCCGUUUCAAGAACAUCCCACUAAAAUACAAGACGCCAAGCAAGAAAUUGUCCAUGGACUUACUGCCCUUCAAAUCGAGUUGCAAGGCGACAAGCCAGGCAACGAUGUCAUUAAGACACUGAACGAUUUGAAGGGCGAUGGACUAAGUGCAACUGAAACAUGGACCGUUAAAGGUGAAAGUAAAAAAGGCCUCGCGAAAAUCGAAAAAGAACUUCAACGUCAACAAGGCAUAUUGCACAACCAGCCCAAUACCAUCGGCCAAGGCGUCAACCAAAUCACGAAUGAGCUUAACAACCUCAGACAGCAGUUGAACACUGAGGUCACCGAAAAGCUGAAGAAUCUGAAAGAACAUGGCCUUAAUAACGGUGACACACCGUGGACAAAUGAAAGUCAAGCAGACAAAGGCCUCACUCAAAUCACCGCAGACAUCGUGACCAUAAAAACAGAGAACGUUGAAGACGCCGCGUUCACCUUGAAGGAAGUGAAAGAGAAGAGCCUUAAUGAGUUGACUGGAAUAAAAGACCAAUUGAACAGCCUGCGGAUCCGUCUUGACCGCAUUCUUGAUCUGUGCUUCGGCUUUUUGGUUGAAAGUGGAAACGGCCCCGGGAAGUUCUUUAACUGCAUCUUCGAGUGGCUUUUUGACUUGGGAAUUAAACUUGUCUACAAGUCCAUCAACUUCACUCCUCACCGCCUGCAACGUACUGUCCACGGCUUGGGCGGGGAUUUCAUUUGGGUCAGUGCUUUGGUUGGUAGCAGUCGCCGCGGUGAGCUGCUCGUUAAGCGUAGUGGCAAUCGGCGUGAUAGUGUCCAGGAUGCCAGCGAUGUUGUUUCCGUCCUUUGGCUCGAGCAGCACAGACUUCAGUUCGUUGCCCACCUGCCGUGA